CCUCUCCAUGUUCCACUUUAGAACAUUUGGGGUUGGUGGGCUCUCCAUAGCCAGCUAUAGGACACCUGAGUUUCGUUGGGUCUCCAUAUUCAGCUAUGGGAUACCUGGGGUUGGUGGGCUCUCCACGUUUCACUUUAGAACAUUUGGGGUUGGUGGGCUCUCUGUAGCCCAGUUUGGGACACCUGGGGUUGGUGGCAUCCCAUGGUACAUCUGGGGUGUCAGACAAAUGGUGCCCCCCCAUAGCCAGCUAUAGGACGUUUGGGGUUGGUGGUCUCUCCAUAGAUAGAUAUGGGACAUCUGGGGUUGAUGACAUCCCUCAUUCAGCUAUGGGACAGCUGGGGUUGGUGGCCUCUCCACGUUCCACUUUAGAACAUUUGGGGUUGGUGGGCUCUCUGUAGCCCAGUUUGGGACACCUGGGGUUGGUGGCAUCCCAUGUUCAACUUUGGCACAUCUGGGGUACCAGACAAAUGGUGGCCUCCCAUAGGACACCUGGGAUUGGUGGUACUUCAUAUUCAGCUCUGGGAUAUUUGGGGUUGAUGGCACCCUUAGCCAGUUAUGGGACAUUUGGGGUUGGUGGCACCUAUAGCCAGCUAUAGGACACCUGGGGUUGGUGGCACCCCAUAUUCAGCUAUGGGACAUCUGGGGUUGGUGGACUUUCCACAUUUCACUCUGGAACAGUUGGGGUUGGUGGGCUCUCCAUUGCCCAGACUGGGACACCUGGUUUUGGUGGCAUCCCGUGUUCAGCUCUGGUACAUUGGGGUUAGUGGCACUCUAUAGGACGUCUGGGGGUGCCAGACAAAUGGUGGUCCUCCAUAGCUAACUAUAGGACAUUUGGGGUUGGUGGCAUCCCAUGUUCACCUCUAACACUUCUGGGACACUUCUCUCCAUAUUGAGCUCUGAGACAUCUGGGGUGCCAGACAAACGAUGGCCCUCCAAUAGCUAGCUAUAGGACAUUUGGGGUUGGUGGUCUCUCCAUAGCCAGAUACGGGAUGUCUGGGGUUGGUGGCACCCCACAUUCAGCUCUGGGCCAUCUGUGGUGCUGCCCUAUAGCACAGCACUCUCUGCUCUGUGUGCUCCAUCCCUCAGCAGCAAUGGCUCCCUUAGGAACAUUCCGGCCCCUGUGGGGCCUUUCACCAUUGCUUUAGGAUUUCACAACAGUGACAUUUGCACAUCUAUCUUUAGGGCUAUUUUUCAUCCCUUUCUCUUUUGAGAGGAAUCAAUCCCAGCUCUUUCUGCCUGCUCAGCCCUCGCUUCCCAGGGAAGUGCUAAUUUUUUUUUCCACUAUCAAAUUGAUUGCAAAGAGGAGACAGUGGGCAGGGAUGUAAUUAGGGCGCGCGCGUGCAGUAUGGAUUCUUGAGCAACAAUUGGGUUCAGCAGCCGGCUGCUCCGUUUGUCCUGAGCGGGGAAGCGAUGUGAAUUCAGCCAUCGAUGCUUCUUUCUAAGAACGCACUGAACGUGUUCUUGCUUUCCUAGGGGAGAAGCAAAGCGCUGCUCUGAUGGAUGAAGCGGGGAGCUCGGCGUCUUCCCCUUUCUUCAGAUGGACUCGAGGCUGACACGUUCACUCUCUGACAUCCCUGCAACUUCUGAAGGAUGCACACGCCGGCACGGCAUGCUGUCUUGCUAACAAGGAGGGGACUUCCCAAAAGCCUGCAAAGGAGACGUAGAUCUUCAAACAAGUCCCGGCAGCUGGAGCUUCCCAACAGCAGAUAAAAUAAUUUGACCACCAUGAGUUGGAGCUUUCUGACCCGACUCUUAGAGGAGAUCCACAACCACUCCACCUUCGUUGGCAAAAUCUGGCUGUCGGUGCUGAUCGUGUUCCGGAUCGUCCUGACGGCAGUGGGAGGCGAAUCCAUUUAUUACGAUGAGCAAAGCAAGUUUGUGUGCAACACGGAGCAGCCCGGCUGCGAGAACGUUUGUUACGACGCUUUUGCUCCUCUUUCUCACGUGAGAUUUUGGGUGUUCCAGAUCAUCCUCGUCGCCACCCCGUCCGUCAUGUAUCUGGGCUACGCCAUCCAUAAGAUUGCCCGCAUGGUGGAGCACAGUGACGUUGACAGAAGGUUCAGAAGCAAAAGCUUUUCGACGCGCUGGAAACAGCACCGAGGCUUGGAGGAGGCCGAGGAUGACCACGAGGAGGACCCGAUGAUGUACCCAGAAAUAGAGCUGGAAAGCGAGCGGGAGAACAAGGAGCAGCAGCCCCCCACCAAAGCCAAGCACGACGGGCGGCGGCGGAUCCGCGAGGACGGGCUGAUGAGGAUCUAUGUGCUGCAGCUGCUGGUGAGGGCGACGUUCGAGGUCGGCUUUCUGGUCGGUCAGUACCUUCUGUAUGGUUUUGAGGUCAGCCCCGUGUUCGUGUGCAGCAGGAAGCCCUGCCCCCACAAGAUAGAUUGCUUCAUUUCGAGGCCGACCGAAAAGACCAUUUUCCUGCUCAUAAUGUACGGGGUGAGCUGCAUGUGUUUGCUUUUGAAUGUGUGGGAGAUGCUCCAUUUAGGGUUUGGCACGAUCCGGGACACGUUAAACAACAAGAGGAAAGAGCUGGAGGACUCUGGUACCUACAACUACCCCUUUACCUGGAACACACCCUCUGCUCCUCCUGGCUACAACAUUGCAGUCAAACCCGAUCAAAUGCAGUACACCGAGCUGUCCAACGCCAAGAUGGCCUACAAGCAGAACAAAGCCAACAUUGCUCAGGAGCAGCAGUAUGGCAGCAACGAGGAGAACAUCCCCGCCGACCUGGAAAACCUGCAGAGGGAAAUCAAAGUGGCUCAGGAACGCCUGGACAUGGCGAUCCAGGCGUACAACAACCAAAACAACCCCAGCAGCAGCUCCAGAGAGAAGAAGUCCAAAGCAGGCUCCAACAAAAGCAGCGCCAGCAGCAAAUCAGGGGACGGGAAAAACUCUGUCUGGAUUUAACCUUGGCUGAGUUUAUAUGUUGUCUUUUUCUCACAGCCAGCAACCCGUUGAGUAAUGGCUUCCAUUAAGUAAAUAUUUGGUUCUGCUUAUUUUCAGGGAUACUGUUGGCUAGCGAUUCCAGCUCUAAGAAAGUGUUUAUAUGCAUACUGUAGGACUGUACAACUUUAUUCUUCUGCCUUCCAAGCCAGGAGACAAAUAGGUAUAUUUAAAUCAUUCUCAUUGAAGGGUUUACGCUGUAUGUACAGUAUUAUCGUACAUUUAUUAUGCACAAUUUUUUGUAUUUGUACACUGGAUCUCCGAAGUUACCCUUUUUUAUAUGAAAGGAGAAAACUGUAGGUAGCUGUUAGCAUUUUGCUAGUUUUAUUACUGUGGUUCGUCGUCGUUUUCUGUUUGUUUUCAAUGUCAGAACUUUCUAUGCUGCAUUUGAGAAGUGCCUUGAACACACAGCACCAGGGAGCCCAGUUAUCCGCUCCCUUAGAGCAGGGGGAGGUUCGGAAAACGUCUGCUGAUGGUGCUCUUGACUGUACCUUUUUAUAAAAAUGAUGUGCUACUUACAAAUGGAAGUGUCACACUAUAGCUAUUAUGUGCUACGUUUCUUCAUCCCAUGGAAAAUGACUCGUAAUUCCAUGUAUUUACAUAUUUAAGAGGUUUCUGAGGUCUCUCGUUACGUAACACCCUGCUCCAUGUGUCCCAUAGCUGCCUAUAUGGGGGCCACCAUCUGUCUGUCUCACCCAGAUGUCCCCGUGUCCCUUGUCACUGGGAUACUCAUUGCCCUGCUCCCUUUUGUCCCCCUUGUCCCCGGUCCUCUUUGUCCCCUGAGGUCAUUGGGAUGCUCGUUCCUUUGGUCUCUUUUGUUCUCCUUGCCCCAUGCCCCUUCUCCCCUUGUCCCUGUCCUAUGAGGUCAUGGGGAUACUCAUUCCCCUUAUCCCAUUUGUCCCCCUUAUCCUCUGGUCCUUUAUCCCAUGGGGUCAUUGAGAUGCUUGUUCCCCUGGUCCUGUUUGUCUUCCUUGCCCCAUGUCCCCUGUCCCAUGAGAUGGGGAUACUCGUUCUGCUGGUCCCAUUUGUCCCCCUUAUCCCCAUGUUCCCUUGUUCCCUGGUUCUGUUUGUCUCCUGGGGUCACUGGGAUACUCAUUCCUCUGUUCUCUUUAGUCCUCCUUGCCCUCUGUCCCCCUUUCCCCUGUUCUAUGAAGUCUUGGGGAUCCUCGUUCCCCUUGUCCCCAUAUCCCCUUGUCCCCUGAUUUGCUGUCCCAUGAGGUCAUGGGGAUGCUCGUUCCCCUUGUCCCCUUUGUCCUUCGUGUCCUCUGGUCCCUUGUCCCCUGGGUCACUGGGAUACUUGUUCCCCCGAUCCCAUUUGUCUUCCUUGUCUCCAUGUCCUCUGGUUCCCUGUCCCAUAAAGUCAUGGGGAUUUUCAUUCCCCUGGUCCCAUUUGUUCCCACGUCCCCUGGUCCCUUGUCCCACGGGGUGUUUGAGAUGCUCAUUCCCCAUGUCCCCUCUGUCCUUAUGUCCCCCGGUCCCUCACUGCGUGUUUUCAUCCUAUGGAAAACGACUCAUAACUCCACAUAUUUACAUAUUUAAGAUGUUUCUGCGCUCUCUUGUUGCAUAACACCCCGCUCCCCGGGGCUCUGAGUUGUUCCAGUACCUUUUGGGGAAGAUUUCUGUGUUUCCAAAGUGAUGUGGUUGGCUGGACUCGUCAUUCUGCUCUCUGGUAGCCCUGCUCCCCCGGCCCUGCGCACACACGCUGUCUGUCCAGGUUUUUACAAAACCCUUCUGAAUAUAAACAAUAAUGCCUUAUCCCCGACCCCUCUUCCUCCCGUCACGUCCGAGGGGCCGAGUUCAGACGGAGCAAUAAAUGUACCAUUUAAUUUCUGCUUGAGAGGCCGGUCAGAUCCGUGGCAUUCUGCAAUUUUGGCAUUCGACUUGAAUUUAUAAUUAGAAGAAAAAAAGGGGAACGCGGUAUUUACUGCCCCUGGCAGUGUCUUUUUGGCCAGGAUGAGCAUUCACAUCUGAGGGACGCUGAGAAAUGUCUGUUUUCUGUUGCUCUGUGUAACGCUUUGGGACUUUGCUCUGCUCCGUCCCCAGUUCCAGCAGUGCAGGCAGUGCACCUUUGCUUUGAGACGAAGCGUUCCUUGCAGAGGACAGGUGUGGAAGCCCUCUGUUGGUGUUUGUGGCUGUAGUUGGUUUCAAGGCUUCGGGUUUGGUUCCUUUCUCCUUCUGAAGAAAUGAUAACGCAUUACUUGAAAACGCUCUCUUGCUUUGGCUUGAUGCAGGCCAUCCUGAAAUAAACACUCAGAACAGAUCUUGGACCAAAAAAAAAAAAAAAAAAGAAAAAAAAAGGUACCUUGAGUCUGUUAACCUCUGGUUUUGUCUAUUAAACGCAGUUGCAGAAAAGCAGGCUGAGGCUCAGGCGGCGUUUUUGCAGUGGGACGCGCGGUGGUGCGGCAGUGUGAGAUGAGGGGUUGCAGAGGUUGGGAUUUCAGCCUGUUUGACCUCGGCGUAACAAAGAGCCGCUUUCUAACGGCGUCAAAAGGGAGGAAUGUGGAGUCAGCCCUCGAGGAGCUCCUCCUGACCACCCGGGAUCUGCAUGGAUGCAUGUGGAUGAGCUGUGCGGCGAAGCGUGCGGCCUCAGCUGCCCCGAGCGCAGCAGACGGGGCCGGCUGCCUUUGCACGUCGCAGCUGAAUGCCCGUCUGUUUUGCUGUCACAAAGGAUGGCUUUGUGAGCUGGGCUGUUUGUGGUGGAGCAGGACGUCACCCACCUCCUGCAGCAGCCGUUCGUUCCGCCUCUACCCGAGCGGUGUUACCAGAUGGAUUGAUCAUUGCUUGGAAAGCGGCGCUCUGCUUUCUGCAGGGUGAUGUGGGUGCUGUUGUUGGGCUGCUGCUGUGCUGUGCCAGGAGGGCUGGUCUGUAGGGGGAAAUCUCUUCCCGCAUCUCUUGCAACGAGCCAGGCCUCGUGUCAGUGAUGUAUUUCAGCUUUGCAUGCACACAGGUCACGCAGCGUGCCGCCUUCCACCCUUUUACCUCGCCCUCGUUUAAAGCUGUGUGGUGACUCGAGUUCCUUUCUGAGUGUUUCUUUUGUCCAGAGCAGAGCCACAAAGCCCCACAGCUCAGAGCAGCACUGCUGAGUGCCAGCCUGAAGGAUGAGGGACGGCACCCAAACCUUCAGCCUGCUCAGCAAAGCGGUGCGUUGUUAAUCAGCUCCAGCACUAAUUGAGGGCCCUGGGGUCACUGAGCUGCUGCCAGGUCUGUAGGGUGCCCCACCAGCCAAAGAGCCGCAGCUGGGAAUCCGGCCCUUUGUGCUGAGCUAAGAGUCACCCCAGCACUGAGCCCUUUGUCUCACAUGCAGAGCGUGGAUCAGCAGCUGUGCUUCGUCUGUCGUCCAUAUUUGGUAGCAAACUUGUUCACAUCUCAACAGCUCUUUGCAGGAGCUGCUGAAAGGUCGGUUUGAUGACAUCAGCUGUGUGCUGAACCUCGGUGGGCUCAGAGCUGGGAUGUGGUCAGCAUGGGGGAUUAGCACCUGGGUUUGGGAGAGGGGAACCUGUGCUGUCCACUGGAUGCAGCGUUCAGCUCUCAGAGCAAACAUGCUUCUCGCUGCAGAAAUGAGUGCUGUCUGCUCUGCAUUGACUUCUCUUUUCAGCCCUCUUGCCUUGCAGUGGAAGGGAAGCUCAGCACACUCCCAGUAUCACUGAGCCACGGUGGCCAGAAAUCCUCCUGCUGAAAACCAGAGAGAAAAUCUGUUUGUGAGGACUUUGCAGUGCAGCUGCGGAGAGGAGAAGCAGCUCCAAACCCAGCAGAGCAGCUGCAGAGCUGUCCUGCCGCGGGCACACAUGGGGAGAUGCGUGGCCAGGAGGGAAGCUGUGAUCCUCUGUAAUGUUGGGAUUUCUUUGCGUUUCCUAUCUGUGUGCAUCUUCUUCAUAUCCGAUGCGGGAGGAGAUCCCAGCAGUGCUGGUCGCAGCACGAGGGGAUGGGAGUUACAUAAACUGCUCUGACCCGGAGUGCCACAGCGCUGCAGACAUUCCAGGAGAUCUUCAGGAGCUCCACAGCCUUCAAAGCUGAUUUAACAAAUUGCCGUUUUGUCAUUGCA